UUAUCGCAUAGUUCGCCAACGUCCCUUCUCAUCCCUUCUUAUUCAUAGUAGUUCAGCAUAUGAUUGCAAUACCAUUCUUUCUGCAAAACAAACGUGUUUGACCCUUGCCCAUUGCAGACCAUCCUCCAGCGCCCUCAUAAAGUCAACAGGUCGUUAUCGUUUCUUCGCUGUUAUCAGCGUGAAUUGUGGUUUUACCUCUUCAGUACGACAACACCACGAAUCGUAAACGAUUACAGAACAGCUUCUCAAACGUGAAGUGAACAUGGCCAGCGCAACACAGCCGGUGCAUCUGAAACUGGAACGUUUCGGAACCGUUCUACGCGUAACCAUCAACAAUCCGCGCAAAAAGAAUGCUCUUAACAAACAGGCGUACCAAGACCUGGCCGAUACGCUCAACUCUGCGAACAAAGAUGACGGUAUUAAUGUGGUUGUAUUAACCGGUAUCGGAGAUUACUACAGCUCGGGCAACGAUAUGGUAUCGGCGGUGUCCGACGAAGGUUCGGUCGAAGAAAAGCUUGCUCGUGGAAAUGCUAUUUUGCGGGACAUGGUACGUGCUUUUAUUUCGUUCGACAAGUUGUUGAUUGCUAUCAUCAAUGGGCCGGCAAUUGGAAUUGCGGCAACCACUGCACUUUUGAGCGAUGUUGUGUAUAUGGCGGACACGGCCUACUUCUACACGCCGUUCACAAAGCUGGGUCUUUGCGCUGAAGGAUGCUCGUCGUACACGUUCCCAUUGCUGAUGGGUCGAAGCAAGGCAUCAGAAAUGCUCCUCCUGAACCACCGUAUGUCUGCCCAAGAGGCAUUGCAGUUUAAUGUCGUCGCAAAUGUGCUGAAACGUGACGAAAUUGACAGCAAACUAUGGCCUCAGAUACUGGAGUACGGCAAGCUGCCGAUCGGAUCAAUUAAAGCUGGCAAGAUGCUGAUCAAUCGUUUCCAGCGUGAUAAACUCCACGAAGCAAAUGAUCGCGAAACGGAGGCACUAAUGGAUCGUUACCAGACCGAAGAAUCGAUGAAUGCGGUAAUGGAAUUUAUGAUGCGGAAAAGCAAAAUGUAACGGCAGUCAUCUUGAAAUGCAAAUACAGCUCUGGGGUUUGUGGUUUUGGAUUAUAA